GCCGGCCGCUUCCGGCCCCCCGUUCCUUGGUAACAAUGGAGCAGAAAAUGGCCGCCUGAGCGGGCAGGAGGCGGCGCGGCGGCGGAGCGGCACGGGCAGAGCGCGGACAGCCGGCAGCCAGCCCCGAGCGGCGCGGGCAGCGGCGCACCCACAGCUGGGGGGGCGGCGGGCGUUCAGUGCCUGCUGAAGGAAUCGCAGCUUUUCAGGGCCCGUGAGUUGAGGCGAGAAGCCUUGUUGUGGAAGACAGGCGAGAACAACUCUUCCUAUCCCUGUGUACUAUUCUAGUUAUCAAGAUGGAAAGCUCAGAUUCUAGUGAUAAAGGAAGUAUUGAUCAAUCAGAAGCCCAACGACAGAGCCAGCUGGAUCGAUUAGACCGAGAAGAAGCUUUCUAUCAGUUUGUGAACAGCCUGAGUGAGGAGGACUACAGGCUUAUGAGAGAUAACAAUUUGCUAGGAACACCAGGUGAAAUUACUGAAGAAGAGUUGCUGAGAAGGCUACACCAAGUUAAAGAAGGUCCGCCACAGCAAAACAGUGAUGAGAAUAGAGGUGCAGAGUCCGCAGAAGAUGUUUCAAAUGGAGAUUCUAUAAUAGACUGGCUUAAUUCAGUCCGACAGACUGGAAAUACAACGCGGAGCGGGCAGCGAGGAAACCAGUCCUGGAGAGCAGUGAGCCGGACUAACCCCAAUAGUGGCGACUUCAGAUUCAGUUUGGAAAUAAAUGUCAACCGGAAUAAUGGGAACACGAAUCCAGAAACUGAGAACGAGCCAUCUGUAGAGCCUUCCAAUGGGGAGGAUUUGGAAAACAGCCAAAGUGACUCUGAAAUUCCAAGGUCUGAAUCACCGUCUGUGAGGCAGCCUGGAUCAGAAAGGAGCAGUGCGGAGGAGCUGGCGGCUGAGGAGGCUUCCCCUCCUAGAGGGCAGAGGAGAGCCAGGAGCAGGAGUCCAGAGCAGCGGCGGACGCGGGCUAGGACUGAUAGAAGUAGGUCACCCAUCAAUGCAGUGAGCGAGGCCCCUCGCAGGGCUCAGCACAGCACAUCAUCUCAAACACCUGAGCACUCCUCAGCGGGCGAGGCUGAGGGCAGCUCUAGAACCAGGCAGCACGUGACCUUAAGGCAGCACGCGGCGGGGACUGAGGUGCCAAGUGAAAAUGCAGUUCUGUUCGCCCCCCCCGAAACGAGGCCUGCUCCUCAAGCAGCAGGUUCUUCAGAAACCGCCGGCGCCGGCGAGCCCGCGGCUCCCGGGCAGAGGCCUCCCACCAUAGUGCUGGACCUGCAGGUGAGAAGAGUUCGCCCGGGCGAGUACCGGCAGAGGGACAGCAUCGCCAACAGGACCCGCUCGCGCUCGCAGACCCCCAACAACACGGUCACCUACGAGAGCGAGCGCGGCGGCUUCCGGCGCACCUUCUCGCGCUCGGAGCGCGCCGGCGUCAGGACGUACGUCAGCACCAUCAGGAUCCCCAUCCGCCGCAUCCUCAACACGGGCCUGAGCGAGACCACGUCGGUCGCCAUCCAGACCAUGCUGAGGCAGAUCAUGACGGGCUUCGGGGAGCUCAGCUACUUCAUGUACAGUGACAGCGACGCGGAUCCCGGCGCGCCCGCGCCCGGCCCCACCGUGGAGGCCGCUGAGCCGCAGGGCGGGGCGGGGGGCGCCUCGGGUGGCGAGGGGGCGGAUGUUAGCUCAGGGGAGGUGUAUGAGGGUGGGCACGAGGCCGGCUCCACAUCUGGUGCCAGGAGGGAAGGCAGGAAUGUGAGGGGAUCGGUCACUUUCGAAGAAAGCGGUUCUCUACCGUUCCUUAGCCUCGCACAAUUUUUCCUACUCAAUGAAGACGACGACGACCAACCCAGAGGACUCACCAAAGAACAAAUUGACAACUUGGCCAUGAGGAAUUUCGGCGAGAGCGACGCUCUGAAAACCUGCAGCGUGUGCAUCACGGAGUACACGGAGGGCAACAAGCUGCGCAAGCUGCCCUGCUCGCACGAGUACCACGUGCACUGCAUCGACCGCUGGCUGUCGGAGAACUCCACCUGCCCCAUCUGCCGCAGGGCCGUCCUCGCCUCCGGCAACAGGGAGAGCGUGGUCUGAAGGAGAGCUCAGCCCCUGGCCAGGCAGCUGCUGUGAUAGUGAUGGGCAAAGAAGUCACUUCCUUUAUGGCCACUUUUUGAGUGGUACCUCAAUGUAUAGUAAUGACUCGGAGUGAAUCUUCCCUCGUCGAAGCAUUUUCUCUGGAUUCAAGCUUUGGGAAUUGGAAAAUUUCUUUAAUUAGGCUUUUCGAGUUCUAGUCGGUUUGGGUGUUCAAUUUCACUUGUCCAAAGACAUCUCCCCACUUCAAAAUUUUUUUUUUUUUUUUUUUUUUUUUUUUUGUGAAGAGUAUUAAGUUCUUUUUCCUGCCCAUCCCUUGCCAUCCCAGUCCAAUAAACAAUUUAUCCUCAAGAUUGUGCUUCUGAGGAGUUCUUUGAGAAGUUAUCCCAGCUCAGUGUCCAUGAAUCAUAGAGGAAUUUUUGCAAGAAAUCCAACUCUCUGAAAAAAAUAAUAUUAAUUUAAUUGCACAUUUGAACAUACUUUUAAUUUUUCUCUUAAUAUUGGCUUAAUAUUGGAUAUGUCUGUGUAAAUAACACUAAUGUUAGCCCUUUCCCCAUCACUAUGGCACGCUGUAGGAUGAGCUGUUAGCGUAAUUGGGAUAUUUAUCUUGUUGUGGAAAUAUAAGAAUUGCCUAUGCUUGUUUAAAUAAAGGAAAAAGAGAAACAACAAAUCUGUUUUAAAAUUGUAAAGCUUUUUUGUAGAAGCUCAGUACUUUUCCAAUGCACUGUUGUACUAACGCAUUAAGAAUUAAAAUUGUACCAUGCUUAGAAAUCAAGAAUGCUUUUCAUACAGACCCCACCACACAGAGAGCAAACUGAACACAAGAGAGCUGCUUUUGUGACUGUGUACCUGUCAAGAGCAGUGCAUAUCUGUACUAUUUAUGUGAACAGCUACUGUAACAUAAAAACAGUUGGAUUAGACAUUAAAUUGCAUUUAAAGAAACGGAAGUUAAAUGUUAUAAUUGCAGUGUUUUGGCUCAGUAAUGCCACCAGAAAAAAAAAAAAAAGAUGAUAAAAAUUAGAAA